AUGCAAACCCCAUCCAGGCAACACCACAACGAGCAGGCGCACCAAGCAGAUAGAUAUGCAUCGCUCAUACCAGAGAUCCUCUGGACAGAGGGCCGAUACGUCCAAGGCCUAGAGCGCCUCUCCGCACUCCAACACCUAGUGCUCGACCAGGCCGUUCUGCCCGCCGACGCGGCCAGCGAAAUAUUCGGAAACGUAGACGCCCUCUUAGCCCUGCACAAGCAGCUCCUCGCCCAGAUGAGGGCCACGUCUGCCCUUCCGCGCCGCGACCAAGAUUGGAGCACGGCAUUCUCCGCGUUCGCCAAAAACCCCGACAUCUACGUCGCCUACAUCGCCAACCACAAGGCCCAGAUCAGUGCUGCGGUCCGGCAACACGCCAGAAUCCUCACCACGUCCGGACCCCCAGAGGUCCUGCAGCUCGUCUCGGACCGCUACAUGAUUCACCACACGUUUCAGUGGCCGUACGCGCGCUUUGCUCGAUAUUCCCGCAUCCUAAAAGAACUGCUGCAUGAGAUACGGGCCGACGAGGCUAAGCAUGCGAGCCUGCAAGCGGCGGCGGCGGCAUACCACGAUAUUCUGAGGAGAGCCGAGGCGCUGACGCAAAAGUCUCUAGACCUCGACGCCGGGCAUCUUUUGGACCGGGUCGAGGAUUGGAAGGGCUUGGAUCCGAGCACCUUUGGCAAGUUGGUGUUAUUUCAGACCCUCAUAUGUCGUCCUGGAGCGAAGCUAGAGUUAGAGGCACCGGUGUAUCUUUUCGAACGCAUCCUCAUCUGCUGCAAGAAGAGGAGGCACGGGGCGGCGGAAAAUCCCGAAGCCGCACCCUUGCGCCUCUACGGUCGCAUCUUCCUCGUCAACAUCGUGGACAUGGGCGUUUCACCUGGUACUGUCUGGCUCUGCCGAGUUGUCUGUCCCGUCGUGUUCUUCUUGGCCGGUUGCGACUGA